GUUGUUCCCCGUCUUCAUUUGUCCCCACUUCCUCCCGUCAAAAUGGGCAAAGGUUACAGCGCAAGGAUCGCCUCGAAUCCAUACAUCGUCGGUACAUUCGCAUGUAUCGGUGGAGGCCUCUUCGGUUUGGACAUAUCUUCCAUGUCCGCAGUGUUGAACAACCCCGCAUACGCGAACACUUUCCACAACCCCACUUCCAAUGCACAGGGUGCCAUCGUCGCUUCUAUGCCCGCUGGGUCCUUGAUUGGCGCUCUUUCUGUUACCUACCUUGGUGAUAAGCUUGGACGCAAAAAGACGAUCAUCCUUGCUGGUCUUUUCUGGGUCAUUGGUUCUAUUAUUCAGUGCGCGUCGAUUAACCGUGGCAUGCUUGUCGUUGGUCGUAUUAUUUCUGGUCUCUCCGUCGGUAUCUCUUCCACCGUUGUCCCUGUCUAUCAAUCCGAGAUUGCUGCACCCGCAAUCCGUGGUCGCCUGGUUUCCUUCCAACAAUGGUCUAUCACCUGGGGUAUCUUGCUUCAGUACUUUGUUCAGUUCGGUUGUUCGUACAUAAACGGUACUGCCUCAUUCCGUAUCCCAUGGGGUCUCCAGAUGAUCCCCGCUAUCGUCCUUUCUCUCGGUAUGCUAGCGUUCCCCGAGUCCCCCCGUUGGCUCGUCGAUCAUAACCGCGAGGCAGAGGCUUUGGAAAUUCUUGCUGACCUUCACGGUGGAGGCAAUCCGCAGGAUGAGCUCGUCGUCCUUGAGUUCGAGGAAAUUAAGUCACAGGUUUACUUCGAACGAACUGAAGGUGCCAAGGCCUGGUCAGACCUCUUCAAGCGUAGUGUAUUGCGCCGUGUCUUCCUUGGCACGUCUCUCCAGAUGUGGUCUCAGCUUACUGGUGUGAAUGUUAUGAUGUACUAUGUCGUCUACGUCUUCGAGGGUGCUGGUCUUACUGGUCGUCGCGCGAAUCUAAUUGCAGACUCUGUGCAAUAUGUCCUGAAUGUCGCCUUCACUGUCCCUGCAAUCAUUUACAUCGACAAAUGGGGACGUCGCCCGAUGUUUAUUUACGGCUGUCUCGUCAUGGGCUUCUGGCUCUACCUCGUCGGUGGUCUCCAGGCCCGCUUCGGCGAAAUGGGAACUGUUGACGGUACUGCUACAUGGGUGGUACUUAACAAUCCCGCUGCCACAAAAGCGAUCAUUGUGUGUUCCUACUUUUUCGUGUGUUCCUUCGCUAUUUCGAUGGGUCCUGCCUCUUGGGCCUAUCCUGCCGAGAUCUUCCCCAUGCGUGUGCGUGCCAAGGCCGUCUCUCUCUCCACAGCCACGAACUGGUUGUUCAACUUCGCUUUGGCAUGGGCGGUACCUCCGAUGUUGCAAAACAUCCAAUGGAAGACGUAUUUGGUGUUCGGGACGUUCAACUUUGCAGCCUGCAUCCACUUCAUCUUCUGCUUCCCUGAGACAGCACAGCGCUCUUUGGAGGAGAUCGAAGAUGUGUUCUCACAGGGCCACGUGUUCAGUGCAUGGGCUGUAUCUAGGUCCGUGGGCAAGAAGGACUUGUCGGAUGUACUUGCACACAAGGUGGGCAAGGAAUCGCUUGAUAAGUCGGAGGGUGCAUAAGGGGUUGAAGGCACGUUUUAAGCUUGCUCAUUUUCUGACUUCUCCGUAAGGUCUAAUAGUUUACUGUACUUGUUAAGCACUGCUGUUGGCAUAAGCAUUUAGUGUCACGACCAAUCUACGAUGAUAUAGCGCGUUUUGUGAACUUUAA